AUGCCUUUAAACAUUAGAGCCAAGCCCACACAGAGCAAGCUGCCUGCUGGCUCAAAGAGCAGUGCGCACACUGAUAGUGGUGCAUCUCAUUCACGCUUUUUAAGAUCCCCUAAGGGGAAGGGCAAACAGGCUGUAAGUUCAGCACCAGGCUCCCGCUCAGGUCUAGAACCAGGAUCUGUAUCAGGUGGUUUGCCUGCACCAGCGCCUAAAUCAGCUGGAGGUCAAGGGUCGGCGUCAAGGCCAGGUUCAAAGAUCAAACCUGGCAAAACAUCAGACAAAGGAGCAACUCAUGGUUCAGCUACAGCUCCAGGGGGUAAAACACUGUCUAUGGAGAACAUCCAGUCUUUGAGUGCUGCCUAUGCCACUUCAGGCACCAUGUACCCCUGUGAACGGGAUUCCUUGGAACCCUCUGGUGGUUACCCCAAAGGCACCAUGACGCUGGGCAGGAGCACCAGCCGCUCCUCCUACACUGGCCGGACAACAGCUAUGGGCAGCAGCCCAAACAUCACCUCAGACAACUAUGGAGACCAACCCUUGCUUUCUGCUGGGAUGUCCAGUUUGCGACGCCAGUCUGGGAGACAGCAGGCUCUGGAUUCAUCCGGACGGGGAGAGGCUCCCACGUUUGAUCUCCAGGCUCAGCUGAGGGAGCUGCAGAGGGAGAAUGACAACCUGAGGAGAGAACUGGAUGGAAGUAGGGAUGGAAGGACAGGCCCCAGCACGAACAAUGUCAACUUCUGGAGUCCAGAUUUAAAGAGAGACAAGGGGGUUAGGCGAGAGGAUGGCGGGAGGACCUCAGUUCUGAAAGACCCUUACAGGACGAACCAAGAGGAUGUACAGCUUGGGGAUGUCAGAAGAAACAAGCAGCUUCCAUUAACAGUUCAGGAGCUUCAGGAGGAGCUGAGGGCUCACAGGGAGAUGAACAGUCGUCUGCAGCACCAGCGACAGCAGGGGAACUCUGCCUCCAGUCGAGAACUCCGUACGGACCAGGACCACAGAGGGGCCCCCAGCCCUGGCCCCAGUCCCAGACAAAGCCCCAGCAACCUCCACAGUCCUGGACCAAAGAAUAGCCCAAGAGCCAGCCCAUCCAACACCUAUAAUCCAAGGCAACAGGAAGCUGACAUCAUCAUUCACAGCCCUGGUUAUGGCUGUAACACUGCAGUGGCCACGCAGAGAAUCAGCCCAGCCAACACCCUUCAGCCUGGGCCAAGGACUAGCCCAAAUCAGCCCCUUUACAGUCCCAACCAAGGUCCGCUGUUAGUUCCCAGCUGUAGUUCAGUGCGGCCCUGCAGCCCCUGCCAGGUGCCCGGGUGUGACGGCUUCUCCUCACCCCCUCCUCUGGAUCCGUCAGAUGAGAAUUUCUUCCGCCUGCAGUCGGAACACGAGCGCCAGGCCAAGGAGCUGUUCCUGCUGAGGAAGACCAUGGAGGAGAUGGAGCAGAGAAUCGACUCUCAGAAGCAGACGCUGGGUGCCAGGGAUGAGAGCAUCCAGAGGCUGCUGGAGAUGCUUCAAGGCCAAGGUCAAAGUCAGGGACACUGGGGCCGGGGACAGAGAACAGGCAUCAUAACUAUGGCGGCGCAGGAGGCUGAAGCCCAGCUGGAAAAUAUGCAUGUGAGAGAGAACACCUCCCCCCCUUUCUGUUUUGAUCCUGACGUUAUCUGGCAGGACACCAAGAUCUCUUCCCUGGAGAGAAACAUCCGAGACUUAGAGGAUGAGGUCCAGAUGUUAAAGACCAGCGGCCUGCUGCACUCUGACGACAGGCAAGAUGAGCUCAAGCAGGUGGAAGUCUACAAGAGCCAUUCUAAAUUCAUGAAGACUAAGAUAGAGCAGCUGAAGCAGGAGCUGAACAGGAAGGAGUCAGAGAUGCAGGCCCUGCAAACCAAACUAGAAACACUGACCAAUCAGAACUCGGACUGCAAGCAACACAUCGAGGUAUUGAAGGAGUCUCUCAACGCAAAGGAGCAACGCGCCAAUACACUGCAGACAGAGGUAGAUGCUCUGCGUGUACGUUUGGAGGAGAAGGAGCAGUUCUUGACAAAGAAAACCAAGCAGCUACAGGACCUGACUGAUGAAAAGAGCACACUGACUGGAGAGAUCAGAGACAUGAAGGACAUGUUGGAUGUCAAGGAGAGGAAGGUCAAUGUCCUACAGAAGAAGAUUGAGAACCUGUUGGAGCAGUUAAAGGAUAAGGACAAACAGCUGACUGGGUUGAGGGAAAGGGUCCAAGGCCUACAAACUGACUCCAGCAACACAGACACAGCCCUGGCAACAUUGGAGGAGGCCCUAUCAGAAAAGGAGCGAGUGAUUGAGAAUCUGCGAGAGCAGAAGGAACGGGAGGACAGGGUUCGGCUGGAGGAGCUGGAGCAAAUGAGGAAGGAGAACCAGGAAUUGAAGGACAAACUCUUAGCCGUGCAGCCCCAGAAACUGUCCCAGAGUCAGCCUGCUAUCCCUGUGCCGACCCAGAACCAGAGGCUUGAUGGAGAGGUGCCAGCAAAAGUAGAUCCGCUACCAGCAGUGAGCCCCAUGGCCCAAAACAUAGAAGAAGCAGUGCGGAAGUGUCCAGACAUCACAGAUCGCCUGAGGCUACUGGAGCAGGAGGUGGCUCGCUACAGAGAGGAAUCUGUAAAGUCACAAGCUGAGGUGGAGAGAUUAAUGGCAGCACUGAGAGAUGCUGAGGUGGACAAAUCGGGCAAGGAGAAGAAGAUUGCUGAUCUUGAAAGGUGAGGGCAAAUCAAGUCUCCUAACAUCCAGAAGCAGAUGGUGCCGGGUGAGAUGAGGAAAGAUGUCCUGACUGAUGGACAUCCGCACUCUUUAUCGCAGCUGUGUCCUUCCCAGGACGCCAUGCGGGAGACGGUGGAACGGAUCAGGGAGUUGGAGAAAGCACUGAGGGAGAGCAUGAACACCUCCGCACAUAGGGAGUCACUCUGGGCUCAGGAGGAGGCUGCCCGCGUUCAGGCCCAGAGACAGUUGGAGGAGCUGAUGGGGGCUUUGGAGAAGACACGCCAAGAGCUGGACGCCACAAAGUUGCGUCUGUCCUCUACUCAGCAGUCCUUGCAUGAGAGAGAUGGACACCUCAACAAUCUGCGCCAUGAGAGACGCAAACAGCUGGAAGAGAUUCUGGAGAUGAAGCAGCAGGCUUUGCUGGCAGCCAUCAGUGAGAAGGAUGCUAAUAUCGCCCUGCUGGAGUUAUCCUCCUCCAAACGGAAGAAAGCCCAGGAGGAAGUAAUGGCUCUAAAGAGGGAGAAGGACAGGCUCAUGCACCAGCUCAAACAGCAGACACAGAGCAGAAUGAAGAUGAUAGCAGAUAACUAUGAGGAAGAUCACAUCCAUCCCCAGCAUCAUCCUCACCAUUCUCACCACUUGCAUCCAGCAAAUGUGCAUCACCGAAGCCUGCCGAGAAGCCUCCCCCAUGCCAACCACAGACCCCCUAUGGACCAGGAUGAUGAAGAGGGAAUAUGGGCAUGA